AGCCCGACUGUGGUCAGCGACAAAUGCUGGUUCCUGCCCCAUCGGCUCUCUGCUUUACACUGAACGUGAGGGACUGUCACCUGCGCCGUGUGCACGCUCGGCCAUGGGACAGGGACGGGGCUCAGCCACAAUGCCGCUCUGCCUCCUCUUCUGCCUGAUGUUCCUCAGCCCGCCCGGGGCCACCCUGCACCGCCACGGCUCCCGGGAGACAAAGAAGAGGGUCAAGGAGGCACCCGUGGUCAGCACGGUGGCCCCCAUGAGCGGGGACUUUGCCUUCGACCUCUACAGGGCCUUGGCUACAGCUGCCCCCGACCAGAACAUCUUCUUCUCCCCUCUAAGCAUCUCCGCGUCCCUGGCCAUGCUGUCCCUGGGGGCCCGGUCCGACACGAAGGCACAGAUUCUAGAAGGCCUGGGCCUCGGUCCCCAGGCGGGCUCGGAGCAGGGGCUCCACAACUCUUUCCGCCAGCUGCUGGGGGAGCUCGCCCGGCCCAGAAAGGGCCUCCGGCUGAACCUUGGCAACGCUCUGUUCAUCAGCCCCACGGUGCCCGUCCAGGACGCCUUCCUGAGUGCCGUGAGGACACUGUACCUGGCAGACACUUUCCCCGCCCACUUUGGGGACCCCGCAGGGGCCCAGAAGCAGAUCAACGACUACGUGGCAAAACAAACUGAAGGCAAGAUUGUGGACUUAGUUAAGGACCUGGAUAGCACUGAGGUCAUGGUUAUGGUGAAUUACAUUUUCUUUAAAGCUAAGUGGGAGACGAGCUUCGACCACAAAAACACUCAUAAGCAGGACUUCCACGUGACUUCGGAGACGGUGGUGCAGGUGCCCAUGAUGAAGCACAAAGACCUGUAUUACUACUUCCUGGACCGGAGCCUCUCCUGCCGGGUGGUGGGGGUUCCCUACCAAGGGGACGCCACCGCCCUGUUCGUUCUCCCCAGCCAGGGCAGGAUGGGGCGGCUGGAGAAUGGGCUGAAUGAGAAGACAUUGAGGACGUGGCUCAAGAUGUCCACAAAGAGGCAGCUUGAGCUCUACCUUCCCAAGCUCUCCAUUGAGGGCUCCUACCAGCUGGAGAAAGUCCUCCCCAAGCUGGGCAUCAAUGACGUCUUCACCUCCCAUGCUGACCUGACUGGCCUCACCAACCACUCCAACAUCCAGGUGUCUGAGAUGGUGCACAAGGCCGUGGUGGAGGUGGACGAGUCGGGGACCAAAGCGGCUGCAGCCACAGAGACGGUCUUCAUGUUCAGGUCGGCCCCGGUUAGCUCUCCCAAGGUCAUCCUCAACAGGCCCUUUAUCAUGCUCAUUGUAGAGAACUUCACGAACAUUCUCUUCCUUGGCAAAGUGGCCCACCCCUGAGGUGGGUGUUUCCCCUGAAAGGCCACAGGCCUCCGUAGUGGCAGGUGAAGGCUCUGUGGCAUCUAUCCGCUGGAAGCUGAUCCACACAGGUUUC